AUCAAAAAGUGAUUGGAACAAAAGAAGAUUAAUGACAACAGGAGAAUACAGGGCAUAUCACACAGAACAACAGAGGGAACACCGAAAUCGACUUUUUGAAAAUAAUGAAGAGGAUUUGACUCGCGAAGUUGAAUAUAAGAAUACCGAGAAUGUAGAAAUCAAGGAAGAAAUUAUCGAAGAUGACGAAACUACAGGACAACAAUACAACAAAGAAUAUGAGUCACAAUGGUAUACCGUAGAUAUCAAAGAAACUCAUAAUUCCGAUAUUAGCAGCCAACUGCCGACCCAUCAGGAGCAGAAAAUUCAGGAAUCAGAACAGGAGCCGGAAAGGAAGUUCAAAUGCGAAAAGUGUGCGCGCACCUAUACCUUAAAGCAAAAUUUGAAAUUUCAUCAAAAAUACCAAUGCGGCGACGUCUUGCCACAGUUCAGUUGCAAAUACUGCAACAAGCGAUUUAAACAGAAAAGUCACAUGACUCGUCACAUGCGUUACACGCAUUUAAAACCUAAUUUAAAGUCAUCGAAAACUAGGCAUAAUUGCGACGAAUGUUCUCGAAGUUACGCUUGGCCAGAAAGUUUAUAUUUACAUAAACGUGUAAAACACGCAAAAGUCAAACCACAAUUUACUUGCGAUUUUUGCGGACGUAAAAUAAAUCAAAAACACAACUUGGCAAAACACAUUAUAUCAUGCCACGUGGAUCGCGCGCAUCAGAAGAAAAAACUCAAAGAAGUCGGUAUUAAAGAAUAAAUGCAAAAGAAAAUGUUUACGGGCGUAACAUAAUUCUAAAAAUAAUAUAGUAAUCAUUUAAAACAACAAAAUAUUUUGUGCAUUAAAUACAUUCUGGUAUACCUCAAGGAUCUACUGAAGCUAUCUGAAAUUCAAAAAUGAGCAUUGUUCAAAAUUAUUGAUAAAUUCAGACUAAUAUGUCCAUUGUUAAUUGUAUCCAAUUUGGGAAGGGAACUAAAGAUGAAGUUUAGAAAAAAAUAUUUUGAGUUAAUAUUGUUUAUUUAACAAUACUUCUUUAAAUUUUUAUGUUUUUUCUUUAUCUUUAUGUAAAAGUAACAAUUCUUAUCUUAUCUUUAUAGUGUCGGCCUCAUUAAUUCUUUAAAAGAUUCUCUAAAAAUCUUUUUGGUACGCUUUUAUUUAAAAAUAUUUAUGAAGUUUACCAUUGUUAUUUUUAUAAGCAAAAUUUUUUUAAAUAAAACUUUUCAAAUAAAAGCAUACCAAAAAGAAUAGCUGUCCUCAUGCUCCUGGACAUACAAAAAAGGAGGGCCCAUUAGGGUGGUCCAAAAAUGCAUGGCAAAUUUUUUUGGCAUGCAAGAGGGCAACGAUCCCCCCAUUUUAUUCCAAAUCCGAGACAAGAAAUUCCC